AUGUUGACUGUCCAUAAAAUGCAUUUUAGCAUCUUCCUGCUGUUGUGGGGAUGGGUUUUAUCCACUGAAUGCAGAGCACACCGACAAGGAAAAGAAAUACAUGAGGUAUACAAAAAAGGCAGCCAGCCCCAGCGGCAGAGACGCGAGGCCCGCGGCGACGCGCACAAGCAAGGCAGCCCGAUCUUAAAACGAAGCCCUGACAUCACCAAGUCUCCCCUGACAAAGUCAGAGCAGCUGUUGCGAAUAGAUGACCACGACUUCAGCAUGAGACCAGGUUUUGGAGGCCCUGCAAUUCCUGUUGGGGUGGAUGUCCAAGUUGAAAGUCUGGACAGCAUUUCUGAGGUGGACAUGGACUUCACCAUGACGCUCUAUCUGAGGCACUACUGGAAAGAUGAGAGGCUGUCCUUCCCCAGCACCAACAACCAAAGCAUGACCUUUGAUGGGAGGCUGGUGAAGAAGAUCUGGGUCCCCGACAUGUUCUUUGUCCACUCCAAGCGUUCCUUCAUCCAUGACACCACCACAGACAACGUCAUGCUGCGGGUCCAGCCUGAUGGGAAGGUGCUUUAUAGCCUCAGAGUUACAGUAACAGCAAUGUGCAACAUGGAUUUUAGUCGCUUUCCCCUGGACACACAGACUUGUUCCCUGGAGAUUGAAAGCUAUGCCUACACUGAAGAUGACCUCAUGCUCUACUGGAAGAAUGGUAAUGAAUCCCUAAAAACAGAUGAGAGGAUAUCGCUCUCCCAGUUCCUGAUCCAGGAGUUUCACACCACCACAAAGCUUGCCUUUUACAGCAGCACAGGGUGGUACAAUCGCCUCUACAUAAACUUCACUUUACGUCGACACAUCUUCUUCUUCUUGCUCCAAACCUACUUUCCUGCCACCCUCAUGGUCAUGUUGUCCUGGGUGUCCUUCUGGAUCGAUCGCCGAGCGGUUCCUGCCAGAGUCCCUUUAGGAAUAACCACCGUGCUGACCAUGUCCACGAUCAUCACAGGGGUGAAUGCCUCCAUGCCCCGUGUUUCCUACAUCAAAGCAGUGGACAUUUACCUGUGGGUCAGUUUUGUGUUUGUCUUCCUCUCGGUGCUGGAAUACGCGGCCGUGAAUUACCUGACCACGGUGCAGGAGCGCAAGGAAAGGAAGCUCCGGGACAAGCCCCCCUGUGCCUGCAGCCUCCCUCAGCCCCGCCCCAUGAUGAUGGACGGCAGCUACAACGACGGGGAGAUGAGCGAGCUGGGGCACUACGUGCCUGAGAACGGCGAGAAGCAGGAACGGAUGAUGGUGCAGCUGGCGCUGGGGGCGGAGAGGGGCUCGGCCCGGAGGAAAAGCCAGAGAUACGUCAGCAUGCGGAUCGACACCCACGCCAUCGACAAGUACUCCAGGAUCAUAUUCCCUGGUGCCUACAUCCUAUUCAAUUUGAUAUACUGGUCCAUUUUUUCAUAA